GUGCCGUCGAGGGGGAAGUUUUUAUUGGACGUAAGGCACAAGAGUUGCGAGGCCUUCUCAAAAUAAAAUAUCCUAUUGAGCAUGGCAUUGUAUCUGAUUGGGAUGAUAUGGAGCGUAUAUGGAAAUAUAUUUAUGAAGAAGAAUUAAAAAUUGCAUCAGAAGAACAUCCAGUGCUUUUGACUGAGGCACCACUCAACCCAAAAACUAAUAGAGAAUUAGCUGCCCAAAUGUUUUUUGAAACAUUCAAUGUUCCUGCUUUGUUUGCAUCAAUUCAAGCAGUGCUGACGUUAAUUAAUAUUACUUAUUAUCAACUCUUUUCAACUAGUUAUUCUUCUGGUAGAACUACUGGCAUUGUUCUUGACUCAGGUGAUGGCGUGACUCAUGCGGUCCCUGUUUAUGAAGGAUUUGCUCUCCCACACGCUAUUCGACGAGUUGACAUUGCUGGAAGGCAACAUUUACAGCUGCUUCUUCGUAAAGCGGGAUACAAUUUUCAUACCACAGCGGAAAAAGAAGUCGUUCGUUUUAUUAAGGAAAAAACGUGUUAUAUUGCAAUAAAUCCAUCAAAAGAAGAGAAAGAUACUAACGGAAAAUUUGAGGAAUUUACUUUACCUGACGCACCUGAAAUUUUAUUCAACCCUGAAUUGAUUGGACAAGAAUACGCUGGUAUUCACCAAGUUGUUGUUGAUUCAAUCAAUCGCGCUGACCUAGAUUUAAGGAAGUCUCUGUUUGCCAACGUUGUUUUAUCGGGUGGUUCAACGCUUUAUAAAG